AUGGCGGACCAUAUCCCGGUCUCUAACGUGGCUCCGCCUGACCGAUUUUACCUCGCCUAUUUCAUCUUCCUGCUGCUGGGAGUCGGCUUUCUCCUCCCGUGGAAUGCCUUCAUCACAGCCGUUGAUUACUUCUACCUGCUCUAUCCGACGGCUCACGUCGCGACGCUGUUUUGCGUCGCUUACAUGUUCGCCAACCUCGGAACUCUAAUUCUUGUUCUAUUGUACGGCCAGCAUGUCCCCUCUCGCACGCGCAUCGUCCACGGCUUCAUCGCAUUCACUCUCCUCGUCCUCCUCGUCCCUGCGCUCGACGCUCUUUCCGCUCCUGGCGCCACCCCUCCCAACGCCCUCCUAUACACGGACAGUCCCGACGUGGCCGGUAGAUCCGCCGCGUCAUCGCCGCUGGCGCUGGCAAUGACAGUCGCGGCGGUUGCGGCGUCGGGGGCGAUAGAUGCGGUGGUGCAGGGGAGCCUGUUCGGCAUGGCGAGCGAGCUGCACGAGCGGUACACGCAAGCCCUCGCUGCCGGGACUAGUGUUUCAGGCAUCGUCGUAUCCGUAGUGCGCAUCUUAACCAAGGCGGUUCUACCUAACACACCCACGGGCCUGCGUCUCUCCGCGCAUCUCUACUUCCUGCUCUCCGCGCUCAUCCUGCUCGUCUGCCUCCUCGCCUUCCGCCGCCUGCACUCGCUCCCCGUCAUCGUCUUCCUCCAAUCCCAGGUCGCCGCGCUCGCCGAGGCUGAGCGCCGGGCUCGGGACAAGGCUCGGCGAGCCGGGCCUGGCUCGGGCGCUGUAGCAGCAAAGGCAAUCUGCCAUGGUAGGAGUGGGAGAGGGGGGAAGGAAGGGACGGCGGAAGGACAUGCUGGGGGAGGGCGCGCGGGGGAGAGUGUGGGGGCGGACAGACGGGCGGAGGAAGGGGAAGGGGAAGGGGAGGUUGCUGCGGAGGGGGGGUUGGCGGGUGCGGGUGAGGACGAGGCUUUAGAGCCGUUGGUGAAGCGAGAGGCGACGAUAGAGGAGGAGCAGGUGAUUCGGCAGCUGCUGCAGAUUGAAGACGAGGCAGAGUGGUGGGAGCAGGAGCGAGCUCGAGACGUUGCAUCCGCACCUGGAGAACAGUGGGAAGUCAUGCAGCAGAUAUGGCCGUACGCGGCGUCGCUCUCGAUAGUGUAUAUAGUCACGCUUUCUAUCUUUCCGGGGUUUAUAGCGGAGCUCCAGUCUGACGCGCUCGGCUCGUGGUACCCCAUCCUCCUUAUAGGCAUGUACAACGUGUUUGAUUUCUUUGGGAAAAUGGCACCGGUAGUGUUUCUGGUGAAGGAUCUGAAGGUAUUAGUGGCUUUAGUACUGGCUAGAGGGGGGUUUUACAUUCUUUACCCCCUCUGUGUGUGGUGGGGCCCCCUAUGGGCUCGGCAUGAGGUCAUUAUUGCUGCUGUCACGGGGGCAUUUGGGUUUACUAACGGGCUGUUAACGAGCCUGCUUAUGAUGGCUGCCCCGAACCAAGUGCCUCGGGACCGAGCCGAAUCGGCUGGUAUGGUGAUGGUGGUUUUUCUUGUGGUGGGGCUGUUCAUUGGUUCUCUGCUCAGCUGGGCACCCCCCCUUGCUCCGCUAUGGUGGGUCGUUUCGUCUUCUAGCUGCUGCUGCAACUCCUCCACUCGUUCACGCAGCUCUGCCACCCGCCUGUCUGCCGCCCGGAGCGACCGCUCUGCUGCUUCCCGGGCGGCAACUGCUGCUGCUGCCAGCUCAUCACGUGAUGUCAGCAUGGCUUGUGCCUCCUCUGCUGCCCUCUGCCACUUCUCUGCUUCACCCUCCAAUCCCUCUAAUGCAAUCAGUCUACCCCCUCUUCCCUCACCUGCCUCCCUCUUCCCUCACCUGCCUCCCUCUUCCCUCACCUGCCCUCCCUCUUCCCUCACCUGCCCUCCCUCUUCCCUCACCUGCCUCCCUCUUCCCUCACCUGCCCUCCCUCUUCCCUCACCUGCCCUCCCUCUUUCCUCACCUGCCCUCCCUCUUCCCUCACCUGUCCGCGCCACAGCACUCCCCGCUGCUGCCUCCUCCUUGGCCGACUCCCGCCAUCUGUAUUGUCACUCCCCAAACCCCUCUCCCUUACUUGCAAAAUAG